AUGACCCAUGACUGCCACCAGGGUCAGCAGGCCCACGGCGGGCUGCAGGGUGGACGCUGUGGCCAGAGCAGCAGCAGGGACAGGAGAGCCAGCCCGGCUGGGUGGUUGGUGAAGGCCAGGAGCCCAGCUGAUGGGGUCAUGGUGGACAUCCUGCUGGGAGUGGCGGUGUCAGGGCUGCAGUCAGGGGUGCUGGGGAAGGGACUCCGACAUCUCUCAAGAGGUGAGAGAGGUCCUCAGUGGCUGGUGUUUGUGGACAGUUUACACCUUGCUGAAGAUGAGCCACCUAGACGUGACAUCUGCGGGACUGAGGUGGUGCUGUGGGGAGAAGGGGACCAGGUAUUAGACAGGGAGUUAAAGGAUCUGACCACCUUGGUCAGUCAGGAAUUAGAGUGUGUGAAUCAAAUUAUCAUCAGCCAACCUCAAGAAGUUCCUGCUCAACUGUUGAAGGCUCUAGAGAAAGAUGCCAAGAAUCUUCAGAAGUCUCUCAGUUCUGUGAGUGACACUUGGAAUUCCAGGUUACUCCACUUCCAGAAUGCCGUGGAAAUAGAAAAGACUAAAGUGUUAAAUCAGCACACACAACUAGAAGGCAGACUUCAAGAUAUGAGAGCCUGGGUUGGCAAUAUCAUUCUUAUUCUGAACAGCAAGGCAUCUAACAGUGAAACAGAUGUUGACAACCUGAACCGCUGUCUCCAACAAUAUGAGGAUUUGAAACAGCCCAUGGCUGAAAGGAAAUCUCAGCUGGAUGCUCUUGCUUUUGAUGUUCAGUUCUUUAUCUCGGAACAUGCCCAGGACUUGUCCCCUCAGCAGAAUCGACAGAUGCUGAGGCUUCUGAAUGAACUGCAGAGGUCCUUCCAGGAAAUUUUGGAACAGACUGCAGCUCAGGUGGAUGCCUUGCAGGGCCAUCUUCAACAGAUGGAGCAGGAGGCCCUGGUGAAGACCCUGCAGAAACAACAAAAUACCUGUCACCAGCAACUGGAGGAUCUUUGCAGUUGGGUAGGACAGGCAGAAAGAGCACUGGCAGGCCACCAAGGCAGAACCACCCGGCAGGAUCUCUCUGCUUUGCAGAAGAACCAAAGUGACUUGAAGGAUUUACAGGAUGACAUUCAGAAUCAUGCCACCUCAUUUGCCGCUGUUGUCAAGGACAUUGAGGGGUUCAUGGACGAGAAUCAGACCAAGCUGAGCCCACAUGAGUUGACAGCUCUUCAGGAAAAGCUUCGUCAGGCUAAGGAGCAAUAUGAGGCACUCCGGGAACAGACACGGGUGGCCCAGAAGGAGCUGGAGGAAGCAGUGACCUCUGCCUUACAGCAGGAGACUGAAAAGAGUAAAGCAGCAAAGGAACUGGCAGAGAACAAGAAGAAAAUCGAUGCUCUCCUGGAUUGGGUAACUUCGGUAGGAUCAUCUGGUGGACAGCUGCUGACCAACCUUCCAGGAAUGGAGCAGCUCUCGAGAGCUAGUUUGGAGAAAGGAACCUUGGACACCACUGAUGGUUACAUGGGGGUGGAUCAAGCCCCAGAGAAACUGGACAAGCACUGUGAGAAGAUUAAGGCCCGUCACCAAGAAUUGCUGUCCCAGCAGCAACAUUUCAUUCUGGCCACCCAGUCAGCUCAGGCCUUCCUGGAUCAGCAUGGCCACAAUCUCACACCUGAGGAACAACAGAUGCUGCAAGAAAAGCUGGGAGAGCUAAAGGAGCAAUAUUCUACUUCCCUGGCCCAAUCAGAGGCAGAACUGAAGCAGGUGCAGACACUUCAGGAUGAGUUGCAGAAAUUUCUGCAGGAUCAUAGAGAGUUUGAAAGCUGGUUGGAACGAUCUGAGAAAGAGCUGGAGAACAUGCAUAAGGGAGGCAGCAGCCCCGAGGCCCUUCCCUCCCUGCUGAAGCGGCAAGGAAGCUUCUCAGAGGAUGUCAUUUCCCACAAAGGAGACUUGAGAUUUGUGACUAUCUCAGGACAGAAAGUCUUAGACACGGAAAACAGUUUUAAGGAAGGCAAAGAACCAUCAGAAAUUGGAAACUUAGUAAAGGACAAGUUGAAGGAUGCAACAGAAAGGUACACUGCUCUCCACUCAGAGUGUACACGAUUAGGAUCUCACCUGAAUAUGCUGUUAGGCCAGUAUCAUCAAUUCCAAAACAGUGCUGACAGCCUGCAGGCCUGGAUGCAGACUUGUGAGGCCAAUGUGGGGAAGCUCCUCUCAGAUACAGUUGCCUCCGACCCUGGAGUUCUCCAGCAGCAGCUUGCAACAACAAAGCAGUUGCAGGAGGAAUUGGCUGAGCACCAAGUACCGGUGGAAAAACUGCAAAAAGUAGCUCGUGACAUAAUGGAAAUUGAAGGGGAGCCAGCCCCAGACCACAAGCAUGUUCAAGAAACUACAGAUUCCAUACUCAGCCACUUCCAAAGCCUCUCCUAUAGCCUGGCUGAGCGAUCUUCUCUGCUGCAGAAAGCAAUUGCCCAAUCUCAGAGUGUCCAGGAAAGCCUGGAGAGCCUGUCACAGUCUAUUGGGGAAGUUGAACAAAACCUGGAAGGGAAGCAGGUGGCAUCACUCUCAUCAGGAGUCAUCCAGGAAGCCUUAGCCACAAAUAUGAAAUUGAAACAGGACAUUGCUCGGCAAAAGAGCAGCUUGGAGGCCACCCGUGAGAUGGUGACCCGAUUCAUGGAGACAGCAGACAGUACCACAGCAGCAGUGCUGCAGGGCAAACUGGCAGAGGUGAGCCAGCGGUUCGAACAGCUCUGUCUACAGCAGCAAGAAAAGGAGAGCUCCCUAAAGAAGCUUCUGCCCCAGGCAGAGAUGUUUGAACAUCUCUCUGGUAAGCUGCAGCAAUUCAUGGAAAACAAAAGUCGGAUGCUGGCCUGUGGAAAUCAGCCAGAUCAAGAUAUUACACGUUUCUUCCAACAGAUCCAGGAACUCAAUUUGGAAAUGGAAGACCAACAGGAGAACCUAGAUACUCUUGAGCACCUGGUCACUGAACUGAGCUCUUGUGGCUUUGCGCUGGACCUGUCCCAGCAUCAGGACAGGGUACAGAACCUCAGAAAAGACUUCACAGAGCUACAGAAGACAGUUAAAGAGAGAGAGAAAGAUGCAUCAUCUUGCCAGGAACAGUUGGAUGAAUUCCGGAAACUGGUCAGGACCUUCCAGAAAUGGCUGAAAGAAACUGAAGGGAGUAUUCCACCUACAGAAACUUCUAUGAGUGCUAAAGAGUUAGAAAAGCAGAUUGAACACCUGAAGGUAGGUGAACAAAGGGACUCCAAGAAUUGGACUAGGCACUGGUUUGAAUACUUGUAUUAACUGGCCUCCAGCUGUGGUGGGGAAAUGUAUGAGAAAUCCAAGUUGUCAGUCUGCAUCAGAACAGAAAUUCCUCCGUUUU